GCGAGGCGGAGCUGCGGGAUGCGCUCCCGCCGCCGUGGGGGUGCGGGGCGGCCCCCCUGGCCCGUGUCCAGGAUGCUGGCGUUGUGCCUGCUGUCCCUGGCCUGGCUCAGCGAGGGCUCCCAGCGCAGCGAGCCCAUGUUUGCAGCCGUCACCCACCGCCUUCUCCCGCCCGACUACGACAGCAAUCCCACACAGCUCAACUAUGGCGUGGCUGUCACCGACCUGGAUGCCGAUGGUGACUUCGAGAUUGUGGUGGCAGGGUACAAUGGCCCCAACCUAGUGCUCAAGUAUGACAAGGCACAGGGGCGGCUGGUGAACGUGGCAGAGGAUGAGCGGGGCUCCCCGUACUACGCACUGCGGGACCGGCAGGGCAACGCCAUCGGUGUGACAGCCUGCGACAUCGACGGCGAUGGCCGCGAGGAGAUCUACUUCCUAAACACCAACAACGCCUUCUCUGGCAUGGCCACCUACACAGACAAGCUCUUCAAGCUCCGCAAUGGGCGCUGGGAGGACAUCCUGAGUGACGAGGUGAACCGGGACGUGGCCAGCCGCUUUGCUGGGCGUUCUGUUGCCUGCGUGGACCGGACGGGCUCCGGCAGGUACUCCAUCUACGUCGCCAACUAUGCCAGCGGCAACGUGGGCCCCCAUGCCCUGAUUGAGAUGGAUGUGGCUGCCAGUGACCCUGCCCGCGGUGUCGUGGUGCUGGUGGAUGUGGCCGCCCAGGCUGGCGUCAGCAAGUACACAGGGGGGCGUGGGGUGGCCGUGGGCCCCAUCCUGAGUGACAGUGCCUCCGACAUAUUCUGCGGUAAUGAGAACAGCCCAAACUUCCUUUUCCACAACCGGGGGGACGGGACGUACAGGGACGUGGCAGCUGCUGUGGGGCUGGAUGACCCCUACCAGCACGGACGCGGUGUGGCGCUGGCUGACUUCAACCGCGACGGCCGGGUGGACAUCGUCUAUGGCAACUGGAACGGGCCGCACCGCCUCUACCUGCAGAGUGGAGCUCCUGGGCGUGUCCGAUUCCGGGACAUCGCCACCCCCAAGUUCUCCAUGCCGUCCCCCGUCCGCACCGUCAUCGCAGCCGACUUCGACAAUGACCAGGAGCUGGAGGUUUUCUUCAACAACAUCGCUUACCGCGGCUCCUCCGCCAACCGCCUCUUCAGGCUCAUCCGCAGAGAACACUCAGACCCCAUUGUAGAAGAGCUGAAUCCAGGGGAUGCACUGGAGCCCGAGGGACGGGGCACAGGAGGUGCAGUGACAGAUUUUGAUGGCGAUGGGAUGCUGGACCUCAUCCUAUCCCAUGGUGAGUCCAUGGCACAGCCAAUCUCCAUCUUCAAGGGCACUCAGGGCACCAGCAACAACUGGCUGCGUGUCAUCCCCCGUACCCGCUUCGGGGCCUUUGCGCGGGGGGCCAAAGUGGUGCUGUUCACCCGGCGCAGCGAGGCCCACCUGCGCAUCAUUGACGGGGGCUCCGGCUAUCUCUGCGAGAUGGAGCCUGUGGCACACUUCGGACUGGGGCAUGACGAAGCCAGCAGCCUGGAGGUGACCUGGCCAGAUGGCCGCGUGGUGUCACGAGCUGUGGCAAGCAGCGAGACCAACUCUGUCCUGGAGAUCCCCUACCCUCUGGAUGUGGAGGAGCCGCUCAUGCCUGCCCCACUGGAGUGCGGGCAGGGAUUCUCCCAGCACGAGAAUGGACGCUGUGUAGACACAAAUGAGUGCACUGAGUUCCCCUUCAUCUGUCCCCGGGACAAGCCCAUCUGCAUCAACACCUAUGGCGGGUACCGCUGUCGCAGCAACAAGCGCUGCAGCCGGGGCUUUGAGCCAAACGAGGAUGGCACAGCUUGCGUGGACAUCAACGAGUGUGCUCAGGGCUUGCACAACUGCAGCCAGCUCUGCAUCAACACCCCUGGGGCACACACCUGCCUCUGCCACCCAGGCUUCCGUCCCCUUGAUCUGGCUGCCAGCCAGUGCCUGGACAUAGAUGAGUGUCAGGCACAGCCUGGCCCCUGCGACCAUAUCUGCCACAACAGCCAUGGCUCCUUCCACUGCCACUGUCACCACGGCUUUUCCCUGGGUGCUGGUGGACGCUGCCAGCACAAUUAGCCUGCUCUGGCACAGCUAGGUGUUCCCUGCUACCCCCCAGCACUGUGCCAGCUGCACCCAGUACCAACUGAAUAAA